AUGCGUGCCUUGUCAUCACGCAGGGCAGGUUUCGGUUUGCAAACACUAUACAUUCCUUCCCCAGAGCUCGAGCUGUAGCGAGGACCAGAAGAGGAGACGCGGGCAUCAGAGGGCGGGGCGGAUUAAAAGAAGAAUUACAAAUAAACGUGGAUGGAUUUGGAGAUGUUACAUCCCGGACGUAGGUAGGAUACGGCCUAUGCUGUUAUGUGCAUGUGAAGUCUGGUGGAAGGCAGUGAGGUGAACGUCCGGGAUACACACGAGCACACGGGCCGAACGCGAUGCCCGCGUGACUGCAGGGAGGACAGAGGCGGCGGAGGAAGGGGAGGAGGAGGGUGGAGGUGCUUGUGUCGACCACCGCAAAAAGCCCCGAGGUGGAGUUGUGAACGAUCGAAACCUGGGAGGGAAGAAUAAUCCUAGCCUGACUUCUAUUUUUGGUGCAGUUUGAAAAUCUAUGGAGUAUAUUUAUUCCCUGUUCACGUCGAGGUGAUUGGCGUCGCUUAUACCGAACGAACCGGUUGAUCUUGGGCUUUGAUCUCCACGCCGCCUUUUUCUUAUUCGUGACAGGAUGAGGACCUAACAUAUGGUCGCGGGAGGGGAGCGCACAUGUUCGGAUGUUGCUCCUCCUGAUUGGACACACGGACUGACUGGUUCAUGUCAUCUCUGCUGGGGGUGAAACAACUAGUGAUCAUCAGCUGCUUUCUUUGGGAGGCUUUAACAAUUUGCGGCCUGCUCGUUUCUCCAGUUACCGCAAUGCCACUGGCGAGAAGUGGAAGGCAGAAGGUGGAAAGGAGGGAGCAGCACAAAGCAAAUGAAUGUGUCAUGUAUAAGUUGCAAAAACUAGCACCAUUUUGAUUGUGUUUAAGUCAGAGAAUACUAUGAUAGGCUACUAUAGUGGCCUGUGAAUGGUGCUGAAAGAGACACUGUAUUGACUGAAGCUAUUUUAGUAUCAUGGCUGAAACAUCAAAUGAGGUGGGUAUGGUGGCUGUGACUGUGUAGUGGCUGCUCAUUUCUCAACUUUCUGCUGACAAAGUUCUUGGACUCACUCACUGGACUACGCACCAUGGGGCAUUGCGCAGAACCUAUGGCACCUGCCAGUGGGGAGCUUGGUGCAUAAUCUUGACAGAGUGGAGCUCUGAAACCAGUAUUUAUGUCUCUCCCUCUUCUACUUGCCUGCACUUCUACCCACACAACUGAACUUUGUUUUAUGAACUCACAGUAAGCGUGAAACAUCUCCCAGCCUCCUCCACACACGCCGACGAGCCUGGCAUGCCUUCGCCGUCAGACUCCAGCAGCGUGGCUUCGGCCUCGGGGUCUCGAGGCUGGUCAGACAGCCGCAGGGGCAUGUCAGGCCGGGGGCCUGGUGGGGCACGGCUACUCCUUUACCUAGGGCUGUGCCACCUGGGCCUGGGGGCCAUGGUCCUGGCUUUCUCUUUCACCAGCAUGGCCUUCACCUCCUCUGCCCGUGUGAGGCAGUCCUGUCCAUUCUGGGCUGGCUUCUUUGUGGUGGCAUCAGGGAUAGUUGGAAUAAUCUCAUGGAGGAGACCGCUGACGCUGGUGGUGUCGCUGUUCAUGCUGCUGUCUGCAGUGUGUGUGAUCCUCAGUCUGGCCGGCUCAAUGCUCUCCUGUCAGAAUGCACAGAUGGUCAAGUCUAUGCUCACCUGCCAGGUGGAGAAUGGUCUGUGUGUGUGUUGUGCACCCACUCACUCCUGCUCCAUCACAGAGGAGGAGACCCUGGUGCUCUACCUGAACGCUGACUGCCACUCAGUCAGACAUCAGCUAAAGGACCUUUUGUUCAGUGCAUGUGGUCUCAGCAUUCUCUCCACCAUCAUCUGUACUCUGUCCACUGUGACCUGCAGUAUCCACAUAUUCUCUCUGGACCUUGUGCACCUGCUGGCCCCACAUCGCUCUCGUUCAGUCAACCCAGAAUGCACCACUCCUCAGGACGCCUUCCUGACCAACAUCAUGGACUUUGAGGAGUUUGUCCCACCUAUCCCUCCGCCCCCCUACUACCCUCCUGAGUACACUUGCAGUUCUGAAACAGACGCUCAGAGCAUUACCUAUAAUGGCUCCAUGGAGAGCCCCGUUCCUCUCUACCCCACUGACUGUCCUCCUCCUUAUGAAGCUGUGAUGGGACAAAGAGCUGCAAGCCAAGCCACAGUGUUUGACCCUCACGGCACAGAGCUGUCUGGAGAGAGAGGAACGUCUACUGCCUUCAGCGGAGAAGUUUCCAUGGACAGUGGCUCUCUGUUGAUGUCAGAGAUUGUGGAUAUCCCUGAUGAUUCCUCCCCCUCUGAGGAUUCCUGUCUGAUGGAGGUUGGGCUGAGGACCCGCGGGGAGAGGGGCAACAGGAACGUUGGUGAGGGGGGAGAUGGAGGAGACGGAGGAGACGGCGGGGAGUACAUCAGCUUUCGUAGUCCCCUGUCUCAGACUCCAGAGAGUCCUCUGGCAGGAGGACCGAGAGCCAGGCGCUUCCUCCGAGGAGAGCGGUCCAACUCCUGUUCUUCACCCAGCACAGCGACCACCACAUACAGGUCUCCAGUAUUGCGUCGGCAGGCCAUGCUAGCUAGUAGCUGUUCCCAGCUGGAAGCUAUAGGGAAAUCUCCCUCUCCACAGCAAUCCUCCAGCCCAGAGUUUCAUGUGUGCCCCUCCACUCGCUCAUGCCAAGGAGCUACCCCAUUCUCCUCUGCUCCUCCCAUUUCAUUCCCCUCAGCCGCCAGUGAGCAAAGCGGUGGUCAGGGUAAUGUGUCACCCCUCUUGGGCCAACCGUUGUACCUUCGACGAAGGGCCGGGGAGAGUGAGAAGGAUGGAGAGAGUGUGAGAAGGGACAGAGAGGGGCUCCUACGUCUUGUGAGGUCACACAGUGAGCCAGGCAUUGGCACCUCGACUGACACAGUUGACUUUGGCACUGGAGGCAGCAAAAUAUCUAUAGACACAGGUCCAUCCUCUGAGGCGUGUCUGUUGCCCCGCCCCUCUUCGCCUCCUGCUGCAGCUCUGCCAAGGAAAGGCAGCAUAAAAACAGCAGCAGCCAUAGGGGUGCAGGUUCCCUCUAAACCACCCCCUACCCCACCACUGCGUUUACCUAAAGACUGCCACCGUUCCCUAGGAGACCUUAAAGUGACUCGAGGUCUGGUGGCUCGCUUCCUGCAGCGCUCCAAACGCAACCUAUCACCCUCCUCCGAGCAUGCUGGGAGCACCGGGCAGGGGCUGAAGAGGAGGAGUGGAGUUGAGGGCGCUGCCACCAACCACCUGCCCUUUGAACAAGUGUUGCUGACCCCUUGGAGCAACGGCCGAGGAUAUUCCAACCAUCACACCCAUCACCCUCAUCGCCGUGGACACCACCAUUCCCAUAGUGACAGUCGGCACAACCGGCACCACAGCAGUCUGGCGCCAGAGGGGAUCCACCUGCGCAGCUGUGGAGAUUUAAGCUCCUCGUCCUCAACAUCACUACGUCGAUUAGUGACACCUCACGCAACGCAUGGGUCAUCGGGAGCUCUUUACUCAGAGUCUGCACUGUGAGGAGAGGAGGAGGCGAAAGGAGGGAUGGAAGAUGCUCAUGAGUUGACAGAGUUGUAAGGAAGAUGGAAGGAAAUAAGGCAGUCUGAGGAAAAGUAGAGUCUGAGGUAGUUUAGUGGAGAUAUCUAGUACUUCAAAUUUGAAAGUCUUCCCUCCUUUUCCUCUUUGUCACCUCCGUUUCCUGAAGCCAACUGUGCAAAUGGCCUUAUUCAGUGGUGCUCUUUAUCACUCUGAACAUCAGAGCUCACACUAUACUGAGCAGUGUGGUCCCUGUUCUAACAGAAUGAAUCCACAACUGGCUUAAACAACCAACCAGAUACAUCUUUCCGCUGUAUUCGCCACCCAUUCUCCCUCAAUACUGAUCAGGAGACAUAUUUUCCUCAAGACUGGAGGCAGAACUCAACUAGCAUUCAUGCUACAACAACCAAUUACUCAGAUGUACAUUCAGUCCGUUACAUCAUUAUGGGUUGCAAUAGGCUUCUGGCCCUUUUGUACAUUGCAAUUCACCCACAGGUUCGCUCAGAGAAGAAUCAUAGAAACCCUUAUUUUGUCUUCCAUUAAUUAAGUCAAGUGAAUCUCGAUAGAUAUAGAGUUAGCUGAGUGCUCUGACAUGGAAACCGCUUCACUGAGUUGCUAAUUUGACCUUUUUAUCUUUUUCCACGUUUUUCCAUCUUCACACUGGCCUUAAAAAAAGGCAGCCAGCAUUUUUAACAUUGACAUUAAUGCAUGCCACAGACACAUGCUAAGCGUUUGAAAUGUAUAUUCUGUGAGUGGCCCCUGGACGCGGUGGUUUGAUUUGCAUAUGUGCAUGUUUCGCUACAGCCUCCCGAAUACAGCAGGUACCUUGUGCAUUGGACCUGAUCGUCUGUGUAACUACGUAACAUGUCCUCAGAAUGUCUUAUCUGCAUGUUUUGACAAUGCUUCUUAUUUUUGUUCUCUUGCAUUUGAAAUGUGUUUGUGUCAAUAGAUAGCUGAAGGGGAAGGUCAGAGUUAAAGAUGCGCAGUGCUCCCAAAGUUUUCGACCAGAUGGCUCCAAACAUGCCUCUGCAUCCUAAUUUGAUUUUGGUCGGGUUUGAAAAUGUUUCAAGUGCACAGCCAUAUCCGUGACACUAGCUAACGCGGCCGGAUUCUGUAAGAUAAGUGGUGUAAAUUGCACUGUGACUGAAGAGUCUCUUGCAAUAAAUGUUGGUAUUUUUUAUGAGGCUGGGCUUCACACUAUGCUUUGGCACGGUUCUCUUUGGACUUUCAGGGGUUGUGGAUGGGUGAUUAAUAAAACAAACAAAAACCGUGGGCUGCUAACAGUGAACAUAUGAUGGGUCUGGCAGCUCUGGAAACUGGGUAAUGAGUAUAUCACUAUUUGGGUCGAAUUGGAUUUUUUUUCUUUGGAAAGUAUUUUUGAUGUGCUCACAAAGUGAUGAUAUUGACUCCAUAUUAGUAAAGGCACAUUUUGGAUAUACUCAUGUAUUUACCAAAUUUUAGAAAUGCGCACACACACACACCUGCACACAGAUGCAGGCACACCCAUACACUCCCUUAUUAAGGCAUUGAGCUGUAUUUCUACCUCCUGUCUUGCAUUAAACAUUAUUUAUUUGAAGAAAUGUAUAUCUGUAUGGCAGGCUUAACAGGCUAGAGCCUUGAAACCUGAAUAAUAAAUGUAUCUAAAUAUGACAAGUAUUCCAGAUUUUAAAUUCAGUGUCGAUGGCAAAACUUUUAAUGCAAGUUAUGUAUUUCAAAAUAUGAAAUAAAUGAUAGAC